UACCAACCCCGCGUUGCGGUUAUAUAGGGCCGUAUUUCCCCCGCGUCUCCGCGUCAGUGGAAGCGAUCGACACCAUUCAAGCUAAAGCUGCUUUCUUGGGAAACGCUUGAUCGCAACAGCUCGAUCAAUGGCUUCUUCCUGGGGUUCUCGGUUGCCGCUCGCAGUAGUGCUGCUGCUCGUGGCCUGCUUCUCCUCCACGGCAGCCGCCACAAGCUACACCGUCGGCGACGGGUCCGGCUGGACAACCGGCGUCGACUACACAUCUUGGGCCGCCUCCAAAAACUUCAAAGUCGGGGACAAUCUCGUGUUCAACUACGCGAAAGGGCUGCACACGGUGGUGGAGGUGAGCGCGGCCGAGUACAUGGCGUGCACGGCCGCCAACCCGCUGGGCUCCGACAGCAGCGGCGCGACCACCGUGGCCCUCAGGACGCCAGGCACCCACUACUUCGUGUGCAGCAUCACGGGGCACUGCGGCGCCGGGAUGAAGCUGGCGGUGACCGUCGGCGGCUCCAACUCCCCUGCUGCCACGCCGCGGACGUCGUCCCCGACCCCUACCACGCCGUACACGACGCCGGCCACCACCACGCCGUACACGACGCCGACGUGCUCUGGCGGCGGCGGCACCACGGCGACCCCGGGCAUGACUCCGUUCACGUCAUACCCCAGCGCGGCCGGCCUUGGGUCGGCGGCGUUGGCUGGAUUUAGUCUGGUUUGGUGUGUGGGCGUCCGGCUAGCGCUGCUCUAGGCAAAGGGCGGCCAUGGACCGUGGUCGACCAGGGUAUGUAACAGUGUAACGUAUGUGUUUGUUCUUUGGUCCGGAUCGAGCUAGCUGGGGUAUAGUAUACUUGCCAAGCUGGUGACUGGUGUCUCGACUCCACUCUAAAUCGCCGUGCAACCAAACCGUGCAAAUCACUUUCCUUGAACCAGUCGAAUUGCCCCGCAUGUGCAAACC